AUGCAAGAAAAUCCAACUAAAAGUAGAGGUGAUGUUGAUGUCAACUUAGACCCUGAAUAUGUGCAACUCAAGAAGAAAGAGUUCCAGUGCAAGCAAUGUGAAAAGUGUUUUACUCGGUCCGUUGAUCUAAAAAGACACAUGCUGACACAUACAGAGUUUAAGCCAUUUCAGUGCAACCAAUGCGGGGAAGGUUUUACUCAUUCUAGCAAUCUAAAACAGCACAUGGUUAAACAUCCAGGGGUGAAGCCAUUUCAGUGCAAGCAAUGCGGGAAAGGUUUUAAUCAGUCUAGCCAUCUAAAACAGCACAUGCUUACACAUACAGGACUGAAGCCCUUUCAGUGCAAGCAAUGCGAGAAGUGUUUUAAUCACUCUUGUAAUCUGAAACAGCACAUGUUUAUACAUGCAGGUUCGAAGCCAUUUCAAUGCAAGCAAUGCGCAAAAUGUUUUACACAGUCUAGUACUCUAAAAUCACACAUGCUUAUACAUACAGGACUGAAGCCCUUUCAGUGCAAGCAAUGCGAGAAGUGUUUUAAUCACUCUGGUACUUUAAAACAGCACAUGGUUAUACAUGCAGAUUCGAAGCCAUUUCAGUGCAAGCAAUGCGCGAAAAGUUUUACUCAAUCUGUUAAUCUAAAAACGCACAUGCUUACACAUACAGGGUUGAAGCCAUUUCAGUGCAAGCAAUGCGCGAAAUGUUUUACUCAAUCUGGUAGACUAAAAACGCACAUGCUUAUACAUGCAGGUUCGAAGCCAUUUCAGUGCAAGCAAUGCGCGAAAUGUUUUACACAGUCUAGUAGUCUAAAAACACACAUGAUUACACAUACAGGACUGAAGCCCUUUCAGUGCAAGCAAUGCGAGAAGUGUUUUAAUCACUCUGGUAAUCUAAAACAGCACAUGCUUAUACAUGCAGGUUCGAAGCCAUUUCAAUGCAAGCAAUGCGCAAAAUGUUUUACUCAGUCUGGUAGUCUAAAAAAGCACAUGCUUACACAUACAGGGUUGAAGCCUUUUCAGUGCAAGCAAUGCGCGAAAUGUUUUAAUCAGUCUAGUAAUCUCAAGCAGCACAUGCGUACACAUACAAGGUUGAAGUUAUACCAAUACAAGCGACAUGGUAAUUUAAAAAAUCUUAUUUGUACACGUACAAGGAUGAAGCCAUUUCAAUGCAAACAAUGCGAUAAGUGUUUUACCCAUUCACGCGAUCUAGAAGAACACUUGCAGACGCCUUUUGGUCAACGUAUGAAGAAUGCAGAGCAGAUGAAAAUUGGAUUAGUUGUGGUGUUAAAAUGUCUGAAAACUAGACUGGAGAGAAAUGCAAGUGAGAUUAGUAAAUUGAGGCAAGGAACAGAGACAUUCAGAAUGUGCUUUCUUUCUAGAAAUGAGAAGACAUUAAAAAGACACGAGAUUAAGUUGAGCUAUGAAAUAGUUAAGCUCGAUCAAAAAACUGCUGAAUUUGAGAGCACAGAAACCUUCAGGCAUUUGUUACUUUUUUAA